GGAGCAGAUUCUGGAAAGCUAGAAGAGGAAAAGGACCGAAAAUUGAUUUAUAUCAUCGCGACUUGACACACUCACAACACGUAGGAAACAAUGGAGCCGUCAGCCAGUCCGGCCAAGGAUAACUACAGGAUGAACCGCUACAAGAACAAAGCACUGAACCCAGAAGAGAUGAGACGCAGGAGAGAGGAGGAGGGCAUCCAACUCAGGAAACAGAAACGAGAACAACAGCUUUUCAAGAGGAGGAAUGUGGACAUUCUCAAUGAAGAGGAAGCUAUGUUUGAGAGCCCACUAGUGGACUCCUACCUUAGCUCUCCAGUAACAGAAGGAGUCAUUACCAGAGACAUGGUUGAGAUGCUUUUCUCAGAGGACCCGGAGCUUCAGCUCGCCACAACACAAAAGUUCAGAAAACUACUUUCCAAAGAGCCCAACCCACCUAUUGAUGAAGUUAUAAACACACCUGGAGUAGUGGAGAGGUUUGUUGAGUUCCUGAAGAAGAGUGUCAACUGCACACUACAGUUUGAAGCUGCUUGGGCACUGACCAACAUAGCAUCAGGCACAUCCAUACAGACAAAGACGGUGAUUGAGGCAGGAGCCGUGCCAAUCUUCAUAGAAUUACUUAACUCGGAUUUUGAGGAUGUCCAAGAACAGGCUGUGUGGGCCUUAGGUAAUAUUGCAGGGGAUAGUGCAGUUUGCAGGGAUUAUGUGCUAAAUUGCAACAUCCUUCCACCACUAUUAAUGCUUCUGACCAAAUCCACUAGAUUGACCAUGACUAGGAAUGCAGUCUGGGCCCUGUCUAAUCUCUGCAGAGGAAAAAAUCCUCCACCUGCUUUUGAAAAGGUGUCACCCUGUCUGCCAGUGCUGUCCAGACUUUUAUUUAGCAGUGACCCAGACUUGCUGGCAGAUGCCUGCUGGGCCCUUUCCUACCUCUCAGACGGCCCCAAUGACAAGAUCCAGGCUGUCAUUGACUCUGGCGUCUGCAGGCGCCUUGUAGAACUACUCAUGCACACUGACUAUAAGGUGGCCUCCCCUGCCUUGAGAGCUGUAGGAAACAUUGUCACUGGAGAUGAUAUCCAAACACAGGUGGUGUUGAACUGCUCAGCCCUGCCCUGUCUGCUGCACCUUCUCAGCAGCGCUAAAGAAUCGAUUCGCAAAGAGGCUUGCUGGACCAUCUCGAACAUCACAGCAGGAAACAGAGCCCAGAUACAGACGGUAAUUGAUGCCAACAUCUUCCCAGUGCUGAUCGACAUUCUACAGAAAGCCGAGUUCAGGACCAGGAAAGAGGCGGCCUGGGCCAUCACCAACGCCACCUCCGGAGGAACACCGGAGCAGAUCAGAUAUCUGGUGAACCUGGGCUGCAUUAAGCCACUGUGUGAUCUGCUGACGGUGAUGGACUCGAAGAUCGUUCAGGUCGCUCUCAACGGGCUGGAGAACAUCCUGAGGCUCGGGGAGCAGGAGGCCAAGCAGGAGAACAACGGCACUGGAGUCAACCCUUACUGCAGCCUCAUCGAGGAAGCCUAUGGUUUGGACAAGAUCGAGUUCCUUCAGAGCCACGACAACCAGGAGAUCUACCAGAAGGCCUUUGACCUAAUUGAGCACUACUUCGGAGUGGAGGACGAAGACACCAGUCUAGCCCCUCAGGUGGACCAGGCCAACCAGCAGUUCCUUUUCCCCCAGCAGGAGGCCCCCAUGGAGGGCUUCCAGCUAUAAAUCAGCACCCCUCUUCUCUAAAAUACACCAUUUACCCCCACCAUAUCUCUCUAUCUCAUGGAGGGCCCAUAGAUACCUGAGUAGUACCUCCAAGCCCCCACCCCACCCUCUACCCCCCACCACUACUAUCACCACAAACACACACACAACUUUGCCCCUUGGAGGAAAACAAAAACUGUCCUGCUCUCCAGCCUAAAAGAAAUGCCCCCUUCGCUUCAUACUCCUCAAGCAGUGGGCCGACUUCUCACAGGGUAGACUCAUGUGUUUCCUGAUCAGUAAGGAAGCACAGCACAAACUCCAUUAUUACACUUAGAAGAGGAAGUGAUCACCUCACAGCCCAAAGUGUGAGUCUGCCCUGGCUUAAAAUGCACACACAUCCAUCUUCCUGCCAUGUGACAGUUCUUAGAUUCUCUCAUUGGCAGUAACGGUGGCUUGUUGGUUGAUAUCUUUAUAUACACUUCCCCCCCCCCAAUGGGACAUUCCUAUUUUCAGGACUACCCAUGCAUCCUCAUGCAAAGUCUACAGACUGCAGGGGUGCAUGAGGUGAAAUAUGCCCAGCUAUUGAUGUCAGUUUGACUUAGUGCAAUUCAAAAAAAGAAAAGAAAAAAAAAGAAAAUACGUGUAACAUUAUCCCUUUGUAGUUAUAUGAUAAGUUCUUUUUCCCCCAGUCUUAUUUAUCUUCUUAUUAGUGCUGGGGACUUUUUUUCUUUUUACUUUUUUUUUUGUUCUUUUCUUUCUUUAAUGGAAAGCAAGUGGUUUGCUACCAAGAAACUGUCUGAUCAUUAGGCUUAGGGCUGGUCUCUGCAUAUCUGCUCAUGGGGAAAAAGAUUCCUAUCUUUUAUGGGGGAGUUCAGAGACACAAAUGUCCAACAAAAGUCAAGGGCUGUCCACUGCCCUGAGUCUGAUGCCCAAACUAAGAAGUGUGUUCCUUUUUCUUUUUUUUUUUUUAGGUUUUAGUUUUUGUCCCCACCCCCCCCAUCUAUCAAUAUGUUUUUUUUAAGUGGGACAAAUUUCAAGGGGGGGGGGGGUUCCAGGUGGGAAGAUGUGAAAAACUUAAGAAAACAGAAUUAUCUAACCAUAGGAAGGGCUCUGGAUGGGAUACUGGAAAUGGGAUUGGGUUUUUUUUUAGAUGAUGUGUUAAAAGAUCUAAAAAGAAAAAAAAGAAAAAAAAAUCCAGGUUUCGAGGGUGGUAUAGUUAGAGAUCCAAUGUUCGUCGUGUGCUGUGUUAUUAAUAACAAUACAUUUGAAUUAUGAAGUGAUUUAACUAUUAAACAAGGCAUAGCUGGGGUGUUGGGGGGGGGGGGCCAACAGCAGCAAACCAAACUUAUUUUUAUAUUUAAAUAAAUUGAAGGGAUUGCAGAUGUUUGAAUCAGAGUGACAGACGCGUCAUGGAGACGGCAUAAUACGAUAUGAUUUUAGUUUCGACUUUCUGAUUCCACUGAAGCCCAGUGGAAAUGGGUUGCUGCUCGUUCGCUAGGCCCCGUGCUCCCCCCCCCUACCCAGUGGUAUGUGGUAGGGUUUUUGCAUGGUGUUAUAUUACCCUGCCUACAGUCACUGAGUAUCCCUGGCCAAACACAGACGGUUGGCGCAGAGAGAUGGAGAACAGUGUGAACAAACACUGUGAGACAUUGCUGUAUGCUGCUCGUCGUUCCUUGUUGGCAGCAUUUGGAGUUAAAAAGCAGGAACUAGGCCAUAACUAAUUGGUUUGGUGGUGUUAACAGUGAUAGUGUAGUGACGGUGGUGGUGUUUUGUAUAGCGGUAGAGUUGAUAUAUAACCCUAUGGCAUUCUAUAUCACUAUAUUUAUGAGGAAUGGGAAUGACAACUGAUAAUGAUUUUGCAUGGGUCCAUUGUGAUAUGUACAGGUAUUGAUGUAAAUAGCCUAUCCUCUGCCUGGCUAGGAAAGUCUGUGCCGCUUCUUCGUCCCCUCAUGGGUGUAACAACAACCAGAGUUUGGCUAGGGAUAUAUCCGAGAAAAGUGACAAGCCUAACUGCAACAAAAAAUUCAAGUAUAAAUAUAUAUUUGAAUUUUGAUGUAUUAGCAUUAUAUAUAUAUAUAUAUUUGCGCACACUUCAUGUACACUUGCAUACAACACCAGCAGACACUGUACACACACCUCACACAGAUGAGUGGCUAGUAGCAAGUAAAAUAGUUUCCAUAGUCAUUUUAUUUUGAAGUUUAACUUUAAAAAUGUGAAAAAAGCCAUUUUGGCUUUGUUUGUUUUUC